GAUGUUGUGGUAGACGAAGUCGACGUGGUACUGCUGCUGCUUGACGAAGUGGUCGUGGAAGAAGUACUGGUCGAUGAUGUGCUGGUGCUGCUUGUGGACGUAGAGGAGCUCGAGGUGGAUGUGGACGACGUGCUUGACGAAGAUGUCGACGUUGUUGUCGUCGUUGUUGUGCUGCUGCUCGUGGAUGAAGUGCUGGUGCUGCUGGUGGAAGUAGAUGAGCUUGAGGUGGAAGUG